CAGUUGAAUACUUCUCCGUGCCAUAUCCACAAUUCAAAAGCCCGCCAUUUUCAUUUGUACCAUAAGGUACCUUUCUUAUUCAUGGCAGCACCAAAUUCUGGUUGUUUGAUGGGCGAUGCAAUUUAUUAUUUAUUAUUAUAGGGACUCAUAGCCAUCUUGAGUUCCAAUUUAGAAAAACGAGCCUCCGAUUAGGGUUUCGAAUUGAGAUCAGAAACCAAUGAAUUCUGGUGAUCUCAACAAAGUAUGGGAAAUCAAAGCGCUGAAGAGAAAACCCAGGAAAGAAGAGGCCCAGAAGAUUCUGGAAAAAGUCGCGAAACAGGUUCAACCCAUCAUGCACAAGCACAAUUGGAGGGUCAAAGUACUCUCCGAGAUGUGUCCCAAGAAUCCUAGCCUGCUCGGCUUGAAUGUAGGACAUGGUAUACAUGUAAAAUUGAGGCUUAGGAGGGCAAAGAGUGAUUUGGAUUUUCUUCCUUUUCAUGAAGUCCUGGAUACAAUGCUUCAUGAGCUAUGUCACAAUGCUCAUGGUUCUCACAAUGCCAGUUUCUACAAGCUUUGGGAUGAACUUCGAAAGGAAUGCGAAGACCUCAUAAACAAAGGCAUAAGCGGGGAAGGGCGUGGAUUUGAUCUUCCCGGACGACGUUUAGGCGGAACCUCUCGCAAUCCUCUCUCUUCCCUUCGCCAGUCUGUGCUGACUGCGGCCCAAAACCGGGCCCGUCUCGCGUCCUUGAUGCCCCCAGGGCCCAAAAAAAUCGGUGGUGAUAAAACCAUCAUGAAGACAUUUAAUCCUGCCCAAGCUGCUGUAAUGGCAGCUGGGAGAAGAAUGCGGGAUAACAUCUGGUGUGGUUCGGAAUUUGGUGAUGUAUUAGGAGAAGAUGAUUUGGACAAGGAAUGCUGUUCCGAAAUAUCGGCCAUGGAAUUUGAUGAACAUAUUAAAGUAAAAUCUCGAAAGAGGAACCGGGACUCGGAUGAUGGUGUUAACUUUAUAGAUUUGACUGAAGGUGUUGAUCAAUUUGACUCCAUGUCUAAUAGCAAGAACCGUAAAAAGGGGUUGUCUGGGGAAGCUUUGGCCUCGUCAUCUAUGUCUGGCCAUGAUCGGGCUAAUGACAAAUGUGGUACUUGGCAGUGCUUGGUUUGCACUUUGUUCAACGCCCCGUUAGCUCCAGUAUGUGAGGCAUGCACAACAGAAAGGCCCAAAGACGAUAACCUGAAAAAAUCGAUUUGGUCAUGUCGAUUUUGUACCUUAGAGAAUGAUGUGAAGAUGGAUAAAUGCAGCGCAUGUGGAACUUGGAGAUACUCUUACGGUCCGCCAAUAGCUACUGGGGCACCCAAUCGUGGCACUUGACGGACUUGAAAUCCAGAUAUACUCUUUUGUGGCCAUAAGGAAAAUGCAAUUUCACUUCUGAAAUGUUCUGAGUUCUGACAGGCAUUUAGGGUUAUUUUUGUGUUGAUAUCAAUUUGGCAGAUCGUACUGGUUGAAUUUCUUGUUAAUAUUAUUUAUUCCAACUCAUGAAUGAUUAAGUUCAGUAAUUGAGUGAUAUUAUUGCAAUA